AUGGCGCAGCAGCGACGCGCCGCUGUCUUGAGGAGCGGCGUCUGCCUGGCCAUCGCGGUCGCUGCAGCCAGCGACAGCGAGGUCUGUGUGGAGUCCGGAAGCGGCUGCGCGAAAAAAGCCCAGUGGGGCGCGUCGGCCGAGAUCUAUGAGUACACCAGCACGGCCAACCCCAGAAUGACGGAGGUGCCCAUCCGCACGUUCGGGCCCGAGUUGCACCAGCACGGCCCGUCCCGUGUCAUUCAGCUGGACCUAUCCGCGGACCUCGAGCUCGACUAUCCAGCCACAGCUCCUAACCUCCUGGCCAGCUUUGUUCGCAUCUUGGCUGGCGAGCGUCUUCCGACGGGGGUCGAGCGGGCGACCUCCCAAUCUUUCUAUGUCAUCCGUGGCAGGGGCCAGUCCAACACACGGGCUGGCGAGGUGACGUGGAGUGAAGGCGACCUGUUCGUCGUCCCGUAUCUGGGAGACGAGGUGACCCCGGUGUGCGAUGAGAAGUCGCAGUGUCUUCAACACGCCUGCCUGGAAGAGCCCCACUUCGGGGGCUGUGCGCUGUACUGGGUUCACGACGAGCCUUUGCUCAAGUACCUAGGUGUGCGCCCCGACAGCAAGCGCCGCUUCGAGCCUACGCUGUACCCAGGGAGCGUCAUGAGGGAUACGGUUGCGGCGAUCCCGAACGAGGAUGAGUCGGGGCACGUCCGCAACCGGCGGGGCAUCCUGCUCGGAAACGUGGCGACGUCCCAGACGAAGACUUUGACGCCGACGAUGUGGUCGCUGCUCAAUUCGAUUGGCGCGAAUGCCAGCCAAGACCCGCACAAGCACAACUCGGUUGCUCUCGACUUGGCCGUAUUCGGCGGGCAGACGGGAAAGGUCUAUUCCCUCCUGGGACGCGAGCUGAAUGCUAAUGGGUCGAUUGUGAACCCUGUGCGAGCGGAGUGGAAGAGCGGAGGAGUGUUCGUGACGCCCCCAGGAUGGUGGCAUUCGCACCACAACGACGGCAACGUGGCCGCGUGGGUCUUGCCAGUUCAGGACGCGGGCCUGUACACCCAUCAGAGGACUCUAGACAUCCGCUUCAUGUCAGCAGAGCAGGAGCAGCUCAAGCGCGGCGCCAGCCGCGGCGCGACGCUGCCCGAAGAGAUGGCUCAACCUGCCCCUCCCAUGGUGGCCGGCACGAUCGUGACAGGGCACGUCAUGUAG